UCAACCGCCACCACACCACAACGCGACAGCCACAACAGCGCCUCUCCUUCACCACCCCAUUCCACCCACCACCACCAUCACCCCAACAAUCAUCGGUCCUCUGAAGCGACUGUAGUGUGCUCUUGUGCUCUUGCUCACACACUGCGAUGGCACGGCAGCGGUGUUUGCUGUGGCCGCUGUCAUCGCCAUGCCGCAUCACCGCCUCCUGCGUCCACCUUCUCUUUGCUUUGCUUCUGCUGCUGUUGAGCGCACCGGUUCUGACGCCCGCACAAACCACACCCAUAUCCACAACUGCAAGUGCAACUGCAACUGCAACCACCACCUCGAAUACGACAACGACAACAACAACUGUUGCGUUUUGGCACUGUGCGAGCUCGACAUGGCCCAACGGGGAUGAGGAUACGCUGGGAGUGUUGGCUGACAUGGCGCUGAAGCACGUGCUGGCCGAUGAAGCCACGUUGGUCAACACGGUGGACAUUAGUGUGCGGCGUGCAGCGGCGUGGUGGCGUGACGCCGACGCGCAGUUUGGCGGAUCUUCGCCAAACAUCAUCGUCUUAGCGUGCCCAGAGAUCCCUCUGCGCUGGCAGCUGCUGCUUGCCGACUUGCUCGUGGGCAGCAGCAGCAGCUCCUGCGCGCUGGAGACAAUGGGCGCGGACGUGGACGUGGCGCAUCUCGUGCCGUCUGUCUGCUUCUUCACCCUGCGAGCGGAUUUCACCUCCAUCGCCGACACCGUGAUUCGAGCAGCCUCUCCGAUCCAUCCCGUGUUCAUGCUGGUGGACGACAACCAAGUGGAGGCUGUCCUUGACAUUCGGCGCACCAUCCUCGCCGAAAGCAACAACGAUGACGACCCAGAGGUUCCCAAGCGUGACACCACCAUGCCCAUCGUGCCAGUCAGAAACUCGCUCACCGAGACGGUCGAUGCCCUGGUCAUGUCCGUACCAAGUUCCGUUGUUCUGCUUGCUCGCCCAAGCGCCAACCGUGCUGCCCACCUCAACAUCGUCGCCACCACCCUCGAUGCCAACAAGGUGACGCUGGCUGUCCUGGCAUGGAGUGAGCUGGACAUUUUGAGGAGCGUUUCGGUAUCACCCAACACGUGCUCGGUUCAUCUCUUCGAUAUCGACUGUAGCCUCGCAGAGAAAGCGACGGCCAUCUUGCGCGUGCCCGUGCCUGCAAGCACGAACCCAAGCGCGCCAGAAUGGCAACAGUUCCUUUCACAGUUGCUCUCUGAUGACGAGAGGGGCAACGCAUCCACAUCCGCCACGGUUGCUGCCGCAUGGGACGCGGCACAGAUUAUCCAGCAAUCCAUCACAGCGACAGCACAAGAUGACCGCCCAGGAAGCAGCGGUCGCUUGCAGUUUGUGCUCAACUCCACUGGCUUUGAUACGACAUUCACAGGCCGCGUGCACCUCCGCACUCUCCCCUCCUCGUCAUCGUCAUCAUCGUCAUCGUUUCCGUCACCACUGGCAGCCGUGCCCUCGGCCAUGUGGAUUGCCACAACAGCCGCCUGCGCUCUACCAGACGCAGGCGGGGUGUGUGCCGCGCAAUUCAAACGCACGUCUGUUAACGCCACAGGCACAGCACUGCUGUCGUCGACGCUUGCGCUGUUGCCGCAGCGGCUUGUGCUUCGUCUGGCUGUGGCGCUACCACUGACUGUGCCUGGGUACAGCACUGGCCGCAGUGCAGAGUGGCGGGCGGCAAUCGACGUGGCAGCAGAGGGGCUGGGCCUCACCAACAACGGGCUCGUCACCAUCAAGACAACCGUCUUUGACACCAACGCAGACUGCUUCCAGCUUGGGCGCACGAUUGGGCAGCAGUCGUUCCACGCGGUGAUUGGUGCCGUGCGGUCGUCGUGUUCUGGUCCGCUCUCCCUCGGCCUUCGCCCAUAUGGCGUUCCUCAGGUCUCCUUCGCAUCCACGGCCCCAUCCCUCUCCAACACCACGCGCUACCCGACGCUGUUCCGCAUACCGCCGUCCGACCUCCACCAGGGGCGUGUGCUUGAGCUGCUGUGUCGCCGCUUCAACUUCACGCACGUGGCCGUGCUCAUGCAGGACGACACAUACGGGCAGGGCCUCGCUGCUGCGUUUGCAGACGCGUUCCUCGCCAACAACGGCACCAUCACAUUCAGGGGCACCAUCCCCGCAGGCGACCAGCCCCACUCGCUGUUUCGCGGUCUCCUGCAGCAGGCGCGCGCGUCCGGGACCAGCGUCAUCCUCACGUUUGCUCUGCUGGUCCCGACACGACAAAUGUUCGCAGCGGCCGAGGAAUUGGGGAUGCUGGGGGAGAACUGGGUGCAUCUCACCGUCGACGCAAACACGUUUGCAAACACCGCGGCGGAGGACACGGUGAUUGAUGGUGUGGUUGGGGUGCGUCCACGCACUGGUGCUGGCGCUGUCUAUGAAGGCUGGCUUAACUACACCAGCGCUUCAGGCGUUGGAGAGGCAUUUCGGCGCCGCUUCUCGCUGCCCACCGGUGAUGGCGGCUUCAACCCAAACACUUACGUCCCCCACAGCCUGGAUGCGGUGCAAGUGCUGCAUGUUGCUGCAACGCGUGCUGUGGAGAGCAAGGCAACCCUCUCCACCUUCCCGUCGGUCUCCCUCGUGCGCACGAGUGUUCUCCAUGAGUUACAGGCCAUGACUGACCCUGCGCUCGGAUUUCGCGGAUCAACGAGCUCGAACGUGUACUUCUCGCCCGAGGGCGAUGGGCGCAUCGUGUAUUCAAUUGCAAACGUCGCCGACAACCUCCUCCUUGGCGUUGGUGUUGCAGAUGAGGUCGAGUCGCGUCUGCGGCUUUCGCUGCAGCAGCCAAUUGUCUGGGGUGGUGGGAAACCUGUGCCGCCAUCCACAUUCUCCGUCGUCAGAAGAACCAUCACGGUUGCGUGCCUUGCGCUUGUGGAUGAGAGCGAGCUUGAGGACGAGUUGGCAGCGGCCUGCACGUGGUCCGCGGGUAUCGUGUCCAACCUCAACAACAUCGACGUCACCGCCAGCAUCAUCACGCGUGAGACGGUGCUUGGUGCAGAGGAGGCAGGUAGCGCCCACACCUCGCUGUUGUCGCUGGAAGCACACAUGCGGUUGUGCAACAGGACGCAGGAGUAUCUUCUCAAUGCCACGCUUGAGAAGGAUUUGGUGGCUGUUGUGGGCGUUGUGCCCUCGCUCUGUCAGCAGGACUGGGCGCCGCAGCUCACCCUCUUGGGGCUGCCGCAGUUUGUCGUGUCAUCCUUUCCUCGCCUCAACCCUUCACCAUCAACAACACCGCCAACAGCGUCACAGUCGUCACAGCAAGCGGGCACGGGCAACAGUACAAGCACAACGGGUAGUGGUGGUGAUGACGAUGAUGAUACCAGUGGUGUCGGCGGUGAUGGUGGCUUCAAUGACGCAGGCGCCAAUGACGAUGAUGGUGCGACGCGCCAGUCGCCGCUGUUCCUGCUCGAUGGCAGCGCGCAUCUUCACAUUGAUCAAGUGCUCCUCGUCCUGCGCAACAACAACUGGACCCGCUUCUCUGUGCUCUGCCACAAUACCCUCGUGCCGCACACGCAGGAACUGAUGUCAGUCGCCCGCAACCACGGCUUCAACCCGCUCGGUUUCACACCGGCGCCAGAGGCCGCCACACACAACAGCACGGCACUGCAGCUCCUGAUGCAGCGUCAUCGCACCCUUGACGCAAGCAUCACCAUCGUCCUCGCUCCCGACUUUCUCCACGCGGACGCUUACUUGCGGGCUGCAGAACGUGCCUUCAUCACGGGCGAAAAUUGGGCGUGGAUCCUCGCUUUUGGGAGCUGGCGUGGCAUCCACUUCAGUCGCACUGUCACCUUUCGCGAUGCUGUUGUUGUGCUGAGUCCGCCUUCAGGCAGCGGCAUGGCAUUCCAGAACUUCCUGCCGAGCACGUCCACGUCUGCUGGGCGCCUCUUCUCCUUCUCCUUCCAGUCAGCGGGGAUUGCAGGCGACAUUGGGCCCUCGCUGCUGUCGCUUCGCGUGCAUGACGGCAUGCUGGUGCUGGCCCGAGUGCUUCAGGAUGCAGUGGAGCGUCGACUGAUUGACUACCGCCAGUCCCCUGCUGACCUCCGCGCUGUCAUCGUGCACGAGACAAAUGCCGCCCUUGACAGCAACCACAAGCAGCAGAACUGCGAUGAAGACGGUGGUUUGGGUUUGCAGCUCACGUCUGGCCUGUGUGUCUCGCGCGCAGACAACUUUGGCCGCGUGCACGACGUGCACACGACUCCCACAGCCAGCGCCAACAGCGCCAACAACAUCAACACCACCCACACCACCACCACCCACACCACCACCACCCACACCACCACCACCCACACCACCAACAGCACCGUUCACGAGCUGCCCAUGAUGACAGCUGAUACCGUGACGGUGCUGGAUCCUGGUACGCAGGUGCUGAACGUUGGUGCCGGCGUGUUCACGGAAGCAGGGCGCAUUGCGGGCGGCCGCGUCACCAUCAGCAAGCGCAUCAUAUGGGGUGCUGGUGCCCUGCACCCGCCCAGCGAUGUGCCCGUGCUGGUGGCGGAGGUGCUGGUGAAGUAUGUUGUCAUUGCACCGCUCUCCCGUGCGCUGACGGAGCAAGAAGGGCUGCUAUACGACCAGCUGGCUUCCAUUUCCACCAUUGUUCCGUCCCUGAACCAACUGACAGGCUUCUCCGACACGCUGACAGUCCGCAUUUUGCCGGUGCGCCUCAAUGUGGACGCUUGUUCCUUCCUCUCCCCGCCAAUGCAGCCGGACAAUGCAGCCGACAUCUGGGUUGUGGUUGGUCCGGAAUCAUGCAUCCUGUCCAUGGGGCGCAUGGCGCGCCGCUUCCACCAACCACUGAUGGGCGUGGUCACUGCGUACGACAUUGGGCUGUCGCCGCAAGACUCAAACCUGCUGCAACAAUGGAGCAUGCCUGCAAAUGCGUCUCAGGCCGCCAACAGGCCACAGGCGCGUGACGUGACGAGCGGUCGUGAGGAUAACGUGCGUGAAGUGACGCACCGCAACCGCAGCAGCCAGAGCACGACCACGGCAGCCCCCACCACCACCCCCAGAUCAGCCACCACUGGCAGCGGACCAAGCAGUGGCAGCACGCUGGCAAGAUCGGCAUCCAUGACUGGAAUGGCAACAGGAAGUGGUGGCAAGGAUGGCGCGAAACAAGGCGGUGGCGUGUGCAAGGAGCUUGAGGAGUUUAUGCGGGAAGCGAGCGUGCUGUGUCAGAUGAAGGACAAGAAUGUUGUCGGUUUCAUUGGCGUGUGCACGACGCUGCACCCGUUCCUCCUGGUCACGGUGUACUCUGCAAAAGGGUCACUGCUGUCUCUGCUUCGCGAGCGCAAGGAAUCUCUCAAUCCACUUCCGCUGUGGGGAAAACUCAUGAUGGCGCGCGAUAUUGCUCGCGGCCUGCGCACCGUCCACCAGAAGGGAUUCGUGCACCGUGAUAUUGCUGCUCGCAACAUUCUCGUGGAUGAAGACUUUGUUUGCAAGGUCGCUGACUUUGGGCACGCGCGUGCGAAGACCAACGGGCAGUGCCGCGUGACGGAUGAUCGUGUUGCUGUUGCGUGGACCGCACCGGAAGCACUGGACACGCGCGUAUUCUCCGAGCAGACAGACAUCUGGUCAUACGGCGUGACGGUGUGGGAGCUGUUCAGCGAUGGCACGAUGCCGUACCUUGGGCUCAAGAACUCCACCAUCUUCCGCCUCCUGCAGAAGGGGCACCGUCUCGGCAAACCAGACGGAUGCCCGCGCGACGUCUACAUUCUGAUGCUGGCGUGCUGGGCGACGGAUCCGAGCGAACGACUGUCGUUUGCCGAAACAUGCGACAUGCUCGACACUGCACUGCAAGGGGCGGAGGUCGCGCCGAUGGUGAACGAACAGAUGCAGGUUGUGGAAGAGAAUGUGGAGGCGUGGUUGCGACAGAGCCAGGCCUCAGCCACCUCCAACACUGACGGUGGUGAUGGUGGCGAUGGUGGUGACGAUGAUGACAACGGUGAUGGUGAUGAUCGCGGCCAUGGGCGCACGGACGGCGAAUGUGGAUGCCAUGAGGAUAGCGGCACUGCUGGCACCAACACGGGCGAGAGCAGCGGCAGCGUGAACCGCGAUGAGCUCUUCUAUGCGGGCAGCGGAGGCGCACGCAGCAGCAGCACCGUUGCAAGCGAGGGCAUGAAGCGCAACGCUUCCAGUUGUGUGUCCUUGCAUCGCGAGAAAUAUCAUCCCCACCUUCACCUCCCUGGCCUUCGCCAUGAUCUCUCACGCCGCGGCACAGCAACGCCAAAGGCGCUCUUGAACGUGCACCUGCAGAUCCCAACACGCGAAAGCAACGCAUCCAGUGCUGGUUCCAGCAAGCGUGGAAGUGCCGUGCAGCUGCACCCUGAUGUCAAGCAAUCACCGCCUCACGACUUUGAUCGCCACGCAUAUGUGGAUUUGUUUGAGACGCGCGAGACUGUUGUUGCCAGCAACAGCUCUUCACACAACGCAAGCCAGCGGUCCUCUCAGGCGGUGGAACAAGAGGAGAGACACGACGCGACUUCAACGGAGGAACGCAGCGAUCGCGCACAGUCGCAGCAAGUCAUUCGCGUAGAGACUGAAUCAGCUGAUGAUGAUGACGACGAUGGUAGCGAUGAUGAGAACAGCGAUGGUGUUGGUAGUGAUCAUGAUGCUGCUCGGCGUCCUGCCAGCCGUGAUGAUCGCGACGGACGGAGGAAGAGCAGUGUUGCCGGUACUGGACAAAUUGCGAUUGUGGCUGUUGAAAGCGAGGAACACAAAGACGCCAGUGACAGCGACAGCGAUGAGCUGGACGUUGAUGACAUGCUGACAGCAACAACACCAGCAAGCAGCAGAGGCAAGCUGGACACCAUUGACGAAAGCAGCAGCGAUGGUGACAUCAGCCGUGAUGGCGAACACACGCAAGGCAACUGCAGUGGGGUGCCGAAGUCAAGGAGCCACAGGGAACAGCACCAACGCCGCCAACACGGAGUGGAUUUCAGCUUCUCGCGGCACCCGUUUGUGAAGACGAAUGCAGUGGUGAGCGACUCUGCUGCUUCCAGCUCCACACUCGCCAGCGUCAUGUCAGUGGCUGCACUGGCCACUGCGCCUGCUGACAAUGUUGCUGCGACGUCCCCUGAUGAUGUGGAUGGCGGUGAUGUGCGUGGCGAUGAUGACGAGUUGUCUUACGCUGCAAAGGACGCGAGGGCGAGCAGUGCAUCUCUUUCACUGAUGCAGAUGCACACGGAUCACGUCACGCCCGUGCGGUAUGCCCGAUCAAUGCCGCAUCACACGCCAGCGGCGCAGCAGAAGCAGCAGAAGCAGCAGAAACAGCGCAAGCGGCGACGAAAGCAGCAAGUGCCGACGCUUGGCAAGUCAGCAAGCGAUGGGUCCAUGUCGGCAAGGCCACUUUCUUCGGCAGUGGAGGUGGAUACGCCCGUGCUCGCGUCGAUGCUGCAGCAGACGCUGCACGACAGCUCACAACGUACGCGAUCAGGUCGGACGCUGGGUCCUCGCCAAGCCACCGUCGCCAAGUUGAUGGCCGCACGAAGCAGAAUGACGUCCAACAUACCCCUCACCAGAGCCGACAUGAUGGCAGAGCUGGAGAUGACGGCCUUUGCGAAAUCGGACGACAGCACGGAAGCGCGGCGGCGGCGGAUCUCUGGUCCGGAAUCGCCAAUCAUGAUGGAGAGACCAGCGCUUGCACGCAUGCAGGACUGGAUGCGACAGGCAACUCUGAAGGAGGAGGAGGCGGAGACAGAGGAUGACGACAGCAACAACAAUGGGGACAGAAACGAUGGUGGUGUGCGUGACAACGGUGGUCGGGAUGGAGGAGGUGAUGUUAUGCCUGGCGAGGCAAAUAGCAGCGAGCGCAGAGAGGAAGCAGAAGUAAUCGAGAUGAACGAAGUGUUUGACAUUCAGAAUACACCCAACGGCAAGCCCAACAGCCCUCAGCAACAACAACAGCAGCAACAACAACAACAGCAGCAGCAACAACGCCGCCAGCCCUCUCCUCUGAUGCAACAGUUGAAUGAGAGCGCGCUGUCAACAUCGUAUCAGGUGUCCCUGUGCUGAGGAGCCGAUCAUGCUGGGCGUGUCGUAGUUGUUGUGGUGGUGGCAGUCACAGCAAUGGUGGUCGUUACAGUGGUGGUCGAUGCGUUAGUGUUGUGUGCCUGCAUCGUGCAUUGUAUCGCCACAGCAUGUUGUUUUGUUCCGUAAAUGCUGUGCAUUGAUUCCUUUGGCCAUUAGCGCGUCUGUUGUUGGCUGGCUCACAUGAGACAGCGCCUGUUGCUUUGAUCUGUUACUGCCUGUUCUGUUUCAAUUUUAGUCCGUAGAAAUGUGAUAGAUGAUGCUUGUGCUCUGAUGUUUUGUGGUGUGCUUGCUGUAUUGUCACACAUGCCCCCUUACGUUUGACAAGCAGGCAAGCUGGUAGUAACUGCCCCCUCCUUCAAAUACAAGCAAAAGCGAA